UUCCCGACGUAAUUCCGCUCAAGCUCCCUCUCCUGCCGAAGGAGCGCUAGGAGGUUUUGUGAUAGUUCACCAACAACAAAGGCUCCUGUUUUGUGUUCGGUUCGGUACCAGCACCGGCAGGAGCGGUUCCGUCAUGUCCCAGUAGCGGUUCGGAGGCCAACAGAACGGAAUGUGUUCCCGGAGCGCCGAAGCAGUUCCCCGCCAGCACAAAGCCCGUGAAGCAGCGGAGUAGGCCGUGUUUUCUUCUCCAGAACCGCCGAACAGAUGCUGCUCCAUCAUGUCAGGGAACCACUACAAAGGCCACGAAGUCAGCUGCUGCAUCAAAUACUUUAUCUUUGGAUUCAACAUCUUGUUCUGGCUGCUGGGAAUGGCCCUAGUUGGAAUUGGACUCUGGGCGUGGAGUGAAAAGGGAGUUCUGUCCAAUAUUUCAUCCAUCACAGAUCUGGGAGGUUUGGACCCUGUCUGGCUCUUCAUGGUGGUCGGAGGGGUUAUGUUCAUUUUGGGAUUUGCUGGAUGCAUUGGAGCGCUUCGGGAAAACACAUUUCUGCUGAAGUUUUUUUCUGUAUUCCUAGGAAUCAUCUUCUUCUUGGAGCUGACAACUGGAGUUCUGGCUUUUGUCUUCAAAGACUGGAUUAAAGAUCAGCUUAAUCUGUUCAUCAACAACAACAUCCGGGCCUACAGGGAUGACAUCGACCUGCAGAACCUUAUCGAUUUCACUCAGGAAUAUUGGGAGUGCUGCGGCGCGUUUGGAGCAGACGACUGGAAUCUCAACAUCUAUUUUAACUGCACUGAUGGAAACCCUAGUCGGGAGAAGUGUGGCGUUCCCUUCUCCUGCUGCACCAAGGACCCAGCGGAGGAUGUAAUUAACACUCAGUGUGGAUACGACGUCAGAGCCAAACUAGACUCUGAGCAGAAGGACUACAUCAACGUGAAAGGCUGCGUGCCUCAGUUUGAGAAGUGGCUGCAGGACAACCUCACCUUGGUGGCGGGGAUCUUCAUCGGAGUAGCGCUUCUGCAGAUUUUUGGAAUUUGUUUGGCGCAGAAUUUAGUGAGUGACAUCGAGGCGGUGAGGGACAGCUGUUUCUUCACCUAAUGCUGAGAGGAUUGCCCCCUGCUGGGAAGCUCCAUCUUCGAAGGCCUCUCGGGGAACAUCACCGAUCACCUUCAGUUCUACACUGAACCAGCAUCUUUUUAAGGCACUAAUGUUUGAAACGUUCUGUACAUAAACUCUCUGUGUGUGUGUGUGUGUGUGUGUGUGUGUGUGUGUGUGCGUGCGUGUGUGUGUGUGUGUGUGUACACCUGCAGACACCUUUUUAGCACUCCUGAAAUAUUUCACAGAAGACGAGCUGAUGAAGGUUUUUUUAACGUGCAAACGGAAAUUUAAAACUACUAAUAUGGCGGCUGGGUGUAAACCGCUACAUCCUCAGCACCACAGCUUCACGUAGCAACGUUCUUUAUAGCUGGUGUCUUAGGCAAGACGGUUAUAAAAUGUCAAGAAUGCAGCAACUUGGACUUCCUCCUCUGCUCCUUCAAGAGAUUAAUUUUUAUUUCCUGAAUCCUAAAAAUAACCGAAAGCACGACUAAGCAGGAAGUACACCCAGAGAACGUCGAGGACUUUAUUCUUCAUACAACAAGAACGCGACUCACACUGUCAGUUUAGGUCGGACUCGAACCAGUUCAGUUAUGAGUUUUACUUUUAGGAUGAGAUUUUACGAUUUUGGUACCCAUUUUCUAAUAAAACCCACCAGGAAACAUCCCAGCAGUACUUAGGUUCCACUUUUAAGAGUCUGAAGUUUGGAAAGUCAGCGGUUUUCGUCCCAUCUGUAUAAACGUGUAAAUACGAUGUGUUAAAGCCCCGUGGUCUCGCGUCGGGUGUAGAUCGGACCUUUUCCAACAGAAACGGGCCUUUCUGACAGCGAUUAAUAGUUUGUGCACUCGGAUGAAAAACCUGUACCCCUGAUUGUUUCACUCUGUGUUCUCAUGCAGAUGUCAUCACUUUACGCUCAGAUUUUCUAUGUUUGGAGGUGAAAUGUGUUUGUAGCAAAGAAUUCUGGGUAUUUUUUCAAGCAGUGGUCUUUGUGGUAAGGUGGGUUAACUUGUGAGGAAGUGUUACCUAAAGGGAUCAGCACUGUUUUGAUACUAAAUAUUGUUUUUUUUAACACAUUUAGUACCACAUAAGGUAACCUCUGGAGAUUGUAAACUGAACUAGAGGCGCUGUGCAGUCUUGCGUCUCACGCACCACUUCCUGUACAACCUUCACUGUAAAUACCACAACCGUCUGAUGUAACUACCUCCUCAUGUCCCCGUCUCAUGUCCUGCUCACGCUGAUUUUAAAGUAAAUGACUGGAAAAUA